UACAUUUUUGCUUCUAGCCAAAAAUAAAGAAUAAACCGAAUCUUUGGGUUAUGGUUGGUUUGAUUUCUCAAUUCGGUUUGGUUUCAUACCCAAAUUUGAAACCUAAAACCCUAAUUUCCUUUUUCUUUCAAAUCCCCAAAUUUCUCGAUCUCGUCGUUUCUCUUCUCUCGCAAUCAUCGCACCGUUUCUGUGGAAUUCUAGUCGAAAGGCGUUUUGAUGGAAUCAAAGGUUACUACUACGAGCUCUUCUACUUCAAAAGAUCCAUUCUUUUGCUUGAAAUGGCCAUGGGAUUCAAACAAACAACCCAAAUCCUCUUCAAGCGUCUGCGACUUUCAAGGACCGUGGCUCUUCAGAUCUAUGCAAACUAUUGGCUCCAUUGCUCUCAGCUCUUUGACUUCAUUUGGCCAAAACCCCAAUUUCAGACCAAAGAAGAAGCCUUUAAGCAGUAGUGAGCAAGGAGAAGCAGAGCAGAGGGCUUUUGCAGCUGCUUUAGCUAGCCAGAAAGAAGCUACGGUUCUUGAAUUUUACUCACACAAAUGCAGACUCUGCAAUUCUUUGCUCAAAUUUGUUUUAGAGGUAGAGAAAAGGAAUUCAAAUUGGCUCAGCAUUACAAUGGCAGACGCAGAGAAUGAGAAAUGGUUUCCUGAGCUUCUCCACUAUGACGUAAAGUAUGUUCCUUGCUUCGUUUUGUUGGACAAAAAUGGACAAGCUUUGGCCAAGACAGGAGUUCCAAGUAGUCGUGCUCAUGUCAUCGCCGGUAUCUCUCAUCUUCUCAAGAUGAAGCGACCACCAUCUAAGUAGUGAAACUAUGCUUGAUUCCACUGUUGAUGCAAACAAGUGAUCUACAAAAGGUUGUGGAUUGUUUGUUUCUGGUGCAUCAAAGAACUUUAAUUGUAUGUGCAUAGAUGAUUACCAGUUCUAGGUUGUGGAUUGUUUACCAAUACCGUGGAAGAUUAUGGUGAUAAAUGAUAAUAGAUUGUUUCUGUUGUUGUACACAUCUCUUUGUUUCUUAUGAUUUCACAACUCCUGCUGGGGGAGAGAGGGUGGUGGACUGAGGAAGGAGUUUGCAAAACUUAUGAAGAAACAUUGUGCAUCUCUUUUUGGUAAAGCCAAAUAUAUUAGAGGACGAGGACGAGGACUCCGUAGUUAGUGUUUUAGUUUCCGUCUCUGUUUGGAGAUUGUGUAGAAUGUUUUAGUGUUAUUAUUAAACAAGUCAUUUGAAAGAUUUUUGGAUUCAUACUGAGAAGACCCAAACUAUGUUGCAAGCUCUACUUACCAGAAUGUUUAAGAAUAUUGAGUUUGACGACUU